GUGACGGUGCCCGCGGGGGGGAGCUGGCUGUACUCGGUUGCUCGGGAGCGGGACCGGGACAGAGUCGGAGACAGGGCUGAGGCUCCGGACGUUUCCCAGUGUCGUUGCUACCGUACCACUAGAAGUAAACAAUGUCUGAAAGAAAAGCUGUCAUCAAGAAUGCUGACAUGUCUGAAGACAUGCAGCAGGAAGCUGUGGAAUGUGCUACCCAGGCAUUAGAGAAGUACAACAUUGAGAAAGACAUAGCAGCUUACAUCAAGAAGGAAUUUGACAAAAAAUACAAUCCCACAUGGCAUUGUAUUGUGGGUAGAAACUUUGGAAGCUACGUGACUCAUGAAACAAAACACUUCAUCUAUUUCUACCUGGGCCAAGUAGCCAUCCUUCUUUUUAAGUCUGGCUGAAGAAGCUGAACUAUUGGGCUUCAAAUGCAGUUGAUCCAAGGAAAAGACUACUUUAAUUAAAAAGUACGCUCAGUUUUCACUAAUCCACAAAGGGAAACUUGAAGAAUGUGUCCAGUGUAAUUUCCAACAUGGUGAAACCAAAUUUAAGAUGGGUUUUUUUCCUCCUCCCUCCCCACCCUUCUUACAAAAGGUCACUACUGAAGUUUUAUGGUGACUUUGUAUUUAUUUUCUUUGUCCUACUUCCCAAUGUUUCCAAUUCAAUAAAUGAGUUUUGAUACCA